AUUAAAUCUUAAUCAUUUAUUCUUGUUGAGCUCCAUAUCCAAAUAACAAAUCAUAUCAUGUACCAUAAUUUAUGGUACCACUCUGAAAAUUUUUAUUAUAAAAUAAUUCUGCCAGGAACAAAGUAGACAUACAGCUAAGAUAAAUCAACAAAGACAACCAGCAUAAACGUAAAACUUUUAUAUACAGGUAAGUAGGUAUAAUAUACAGUAGAUAAAGGUGGUAUGUGUUCAGCAUGUACAGUGCAGCCUGCUUAGCUUCACCUUUGAUUGCUUGACCAGAUAUUAUGUAAAUGCUAUUGCACAACCUGUAUAUUACCUUGUGUAUAUAAUGUGUACUGUAGGUGUCUUAAGAGUGUUACGACUGCUCUUAAUUAGUGCUUUAUGUAAGGCAGGUGUGCUAGAAGAGUCUGUCUGUUAAAGUUCAUCUUAUUAGCAUCCAUUCUAAAUCAGUAGGUGAGGUAAGUUAGUGGUCUGAGACACCAAUAUCUCAAAUCUCUAUUUAAUCAUAAAAGUUUAAAUUAAAAUAUAAGUAAUGAAUAGUUGUAAAAAUUACCGUAUUAAGGGUGGGUGUCCUAAAAAGUCAAACAUGUAUGUCUGUUAGGGUUAAUGUCAAAUCCAAUCAGAUGUUAAUCAUUGAUUCAGUGUGUUGCCUGUUUGGGGGUGAUUAAACCAAAAUUUCAAAAAUGUUAAGCAGUGUAUUUAUCAAAAAAACACCUCCACAUCAAAGGAAUAUAAGUACCAAAAUUGAUUUUAAAAAGGAUAUAUAAAUCUUUUCAGUAUGUAUUUAAUCUUACUGUGGCCAGACAUUUUUCAUAAAUAUAAUUGAAAAAAAACAAAACAUUUUUCAAAUCAUCUGUAAACUCAAGACCCAAAUUUGUUAAAACUAUUCCAAACAAAAACGAGCACGGAUUAACUGGUUUCCAUACCAGGCUGAUUAAUGUGAAAAGAUUAAAAAACUGUUUUCUUUACUUAUCACAUCCGUCAUUGGCUGUUCAGCGAUAAAGAAAGGUUCACGCCUAUUGGUUCAAUCUGAAAGAAAGAAGCCCUCUGAUUCGUCCAUCCUCUUCUCUGUGACCUUUCACCGCCGUCAACCUCUGAAGCUACUUGCUGUCGUGCUAGUUGUAAACACUCAGUGUGACAUCUUUAAGUAACUUCGCUGGCCUUGAACUUUGUGACAGAUUUCACACUCUGAGAUAUGACACGAAAGAAAGACACAUGAACAGAGAGAUGCGGGCCGUUAAGUGAACGUUUAUGCCUGUUUUGCCGUCUCUCCCAAUUAUCUCUCCAUCAUGGCGGGGAUUUUCCAAAGAACACCAAAACUGUGGACAGCUCUCAGACAUCUCAGCCCCCAUAGCACCCUCUCAUCUACAGCCAGAACCAGACUUUCACCUGUAGACCUACACACUCCAUUUCUCACCUGCAGCUCAGGGCAGUUUGUAGCUGCCACUCGUAAGCUGCAUGGGGCUGGGGCAGGUGGACUCAAGCCAUCUCCGGCUGCAGCCCCAGAGAGGCUGCCUUUCUCCAGAGUUACUCAGGAAGAUUUAGUCUUCUUCAGGAAGAUCCUACCAGGCAGGACCAUCACUGACCCGGACCUGCUGGAGUCCAGUAAUGUGGACUGGCUCAAAACAGUGAGAGGUUCCAGUGAACUAUUGUUGAGACCUCAGACAACAGAGGAAGUUUCUCAGGUUCUCAGCUACUGUAACAGUCGCAACUUGGCAGUGAAUCCUCAAGGAGGAAACACUGGGCUGGUUGGGGGCAGUGUCCCAGUCUAUGAUGAGAUCAUCCUCUCCACUGCUCUUAUGAACAACAUACUUACCUUUGAUAGCAUCUCUGGUAUUCUCACCUGCCAGGCAGGCUGUGUUCUGGAGAACUUGUCUCUCUACCUGGAGGAGAGAGACUACAUCAUGCCACUGGAUCUUGGGGCAAAAGGCAGUUGCCAAAUUGGUGGCAACGUGGCAACUAAUGCAGGUGGUCUGCGGCUGCUGCGAUAUGGCUCCUUACACGGGACUGUGCUGGGUCUGGAAGUGGUGUUGGCAGAUGGGCGGGUGCUGGACUGCUUGGCCGCGCUGCGGAAAGAUAAUACCGGAUAUGACCUCAAACAGUUGUUUAUAGGGUCAGAGGGUACACUGGGGGUCAUUACAGCAGUGUCUGUCCUUUGUCCACGGAAACCUAAAUCUGUCAACGUGGUUUUCUUGGGCUGUGAGACCUUCGAGCAACUGCUGCGGACAUUUCAGCUCUGCAAAGGCAUGCUGGGAGAAAUCCUGUCAGCCUUCGAGUUCCUGGACAGUGAAUGUAUGAGACUGCUGAACACGCACCUCAAACUAUCCAAUCCCAUUUCUGAGUGCCCAUUCUAUGUCGUCAUAGAAACAUCUGGAUCUGACCCAACACAUGAUGGAGAGAAACUCCACAACUUUUUAGAGGAGGCGAUGACAUCAUCAUUGGUCACUGACGGAACUGUGGCAACUGAGGAGUCAAAAAUAAAGACUCUUUGGUCAAUGCGUGAACGUGUCACGGAGGCGCUGACUCACGAUGGCUUCACGUACAAGUAUGACAUCUCACUUCCAGUGGAGCAGAUCUACCAGCUGGUGACAGACAUGAGGCAGCACCUGGGGGACCGGGCAAGGAGUGUGGUGGGAUAUGGACACGUAGGCGAUGGUAACCUCCACCUAAACAUCACCUCUCCUGCCAAAGACCCUUCUCUCCUCGCUGCCAUCGAGCCGUUCAUCUACGAGUGGACGGCCAGCUGUCAGGGCAGCAUCAGUGCUGAGCAUGGACUGGGCCUGAAGAAGAGGAACUACAUCUACUACAGUAAACCCAGCCAGGCUGUGGCUCUGAUGGGUAACAUCAAGGCCAUGCUGGAUCCCAAAGGCAUUCUCAACCCAUAUAAGACUUUACCAGACAACAUUAAAUGACCCCAACUGUCUCACUGCUGUGGGGUAGGUGGUAAUGCAUGUAGAGCUUAUGCAGGAGCUCUAACUACAGCCUGAUUGCCACAUGGUUUUUAUGCCAGAUCACGCUCCUUCUUGUGACACCUUUUUCACACAUUUAAUGCAGAGUUGCAGGUUUUGCACAAGUGGCAUUCGCAACUAAGUAGUAUCUGUUUGUUAUACAUGUCCACAGAAGAAAGUAGUUUCAUUUUCAUGUUCACAAAGCAUUACUCUCAGAACGACAUAGUCAAUAACUUGCUGACUUUGUAGCAGGCUCUGAACUUAAAAUGUUCCAAUUGAAGUUACUACUUAACAUGAUCAUUACCUCUGCAAGUCACAGAGUAGCCUUUAGAUCUUAAAUUAAGGACACUUUGUAUUAAAGAUGAAAAGCACAGAACAUAUUUUUCAGUAAGCAACUGAAUGAUCAUAAUAUACUAUAAACUCUUGAGCAUUGUAAAAUUGUGUAAUUAUUUAAGGUAACAGUCUAUAACUGGUGGACAGUGUUUUUCACAGUGUUCAGUUCUUAAACUGCAGCCCUUGUAUUAGAGCAUUUGAGUACGAACAAUAAAAUUAAAAUUUACUACAUGAGGACUCCUGAUACCUAUGUGUGAGGAAAUGUGUUGCUCAGCCGCCGCAGUAUGAAGCUUUAAAGGAUAGGUUCACAAUUUUUCAAAUCUGUCUUAAAACAGUAGUGAGGUGCCCACAUGAACACUGAAACGGGUUUUGCUCACUGUAAUUCUUCCUCCUGUACAUACUGGCCAUUUAAAGCUCUGAUGAGCUUUCUGUUUAAAUGAAAGGACAAAAUUCACAGUUGUCAUUCAGAGUAAAAAUACAUUCAAAAGUUUAUCUGAAGUUAUAAUGAUGCUUUAACAGACUGGGUUAGGCAAAUCAAAUGUAUUGCUUUCAAAGGCUAUAGUCUUUUAUGUAGAAAUUUCAGCCUUUUAGGUACAAGCCCUCCUCUGCAGCUGAGCAAGGAAACAAAGUGUAAUUUGUGCCCAAGACUUUGACUUUCGAGCAAGGUUGUAGGUUUGGUCCCAACAUUGGUAGGGAAGCAAAAACACCACCACCCCUCCAAAAAAAAGAGAUUGGCUUUUUAAUGCUGUCAACCAAACGGUUUAAUAAGAUAAAUAAUCUGAAUUUACAUUCAGGAAUGCCCAUACAUAAAUUUUAUAUAUAUACAUGUGUUGAAUUUCCAUAUAUGAAAUGUAAGGCAUAAAAAGUCAUAGUAUAGUAGGGCAUAAAAAUGUCAUAGUAUAGCAAGGCAUAAAAAAGUCAUAGUACAAUAAGGCAUAAAAAGUCAGAGCAAGUCAUAAAAAAGUCAACAGGCAGUAUCAUGAAAGCUACCUGUCCUAUGGCUGGACUGGGGAUGUUAAAAACCUCAGCCGGAGUCUGCAAGCACCUACAGGCACAUGUGUCUCACUAGCUUGUAAGUAUCAAAAUAUUUACAAUCACAAAUGUAAGUAACAUGUACAUGUUCUAAGUGUUUUAUUUUCAACUCAAUGUUAACUGUGUUAACUAUGGUUGUUUUCACUGUUUGCAUGCAUGUCAAAAAAUGUCAUUCUCAAUGUAUCUCUUUUUUCUUAGACUAAAGUUGUUUUACAACUCCA